AUGAGUCUCUUAAUUCGGCAAAUUUGGGCUUUGGUCCGCAAGAAUUUGCUCAUCAUAUGUUUACGACGGCCCAUCUCGACCUUCAUCCGCGCGUUGGCAAUCCCUCUUGUCGUGGUCCUCGUUCUGUCCUACACAAAAGAAUUCUUUGCGUCACCACUGAAAUAUGGGAUUUCAUCCCCGCACACUAUACGCUCGCUCAAGGACGGCCUAGCAGCGAGCGAUGGCCGUGACGUCGUCGGCUUCGUCAGCAAUGGAAUGCAAGGCGAUGUCUCCGAAUUGAUUGAUGCGCUGUCGAAAACGAUUAAUGAUGCUGGAAAAACUGCUAAGCGAUACGAUACUACCCGGCAGCUCACACAAGAUUGUGUCCCGAACGGAGUUGACGAUGGUCCGAAGUGUUAUGGAGGUGUAGUCUUUCUCGCUUCACCAGAUCAGGGAACCAACCAGAGCGCGAAAGGAACCUGGAACUACACGAUUCGCGGCGAUUCCACUGGUGGGUUCACAGACGUGACGCAAGAUAAUAACAACGCAGAGGUGUAUCUCAUACCGUUACAACGCGCUGUGGACGAAGAGAUUGUAGCACGCUCGAGGUCUGGCCAAGAUGGAUCGUUCUCGCAAACUCAAACGGUUGUAUACACUUCGCAGAAUCAGGAGUCUCUGGACGACUCGCGAACGAGCAAUUUCUUAGCGCUCUGCAUCUACGCUUUCGGCACGCUGUAUACCUUCACCCUCAUUGGCAUCGUCUACCAUAUGACAUCCUUCGUCUCUCAUGAAAGGGAGCUUGGUAUGUCUGGGCUCAUCGACGCUAUGAUCCCAGGUGGUUCCAAUAUCCGAGGCCGACUUGCGCGUCAGAUUGCGACCUAUAUCUCUUUCGCCAUUGUCUACUUCCCGAGCUGGAUAGCUGUAGGCGUGGUCGUCUCCGAGCUGGCUUUCCCGAAAACCUCGCAGGGCAUUCCCGUUGGCUUUACAAUCUUUGCUGGGCUGGCAUUGACAUCCUUCUCCCUGUUUGGAGCCUCAUUCUUCAAGAAAUCCCAGCUUAGCGGCUCGAUCCUGGUGGUCAUUGCACUAGUUUUCGCUAUUCUACCUCAGACCCUCUAUCAGCAGACGAAGGUUGCCUGCGGUAUUAUGAGCUUCAUCUUUCCCUCGGCAACGUACACCUACCUCAUCACAGGCGCUGCGGUUUUCGAAUCAUACGAUGUGAAGAUGCAGAUGUGGAAUCAACCGCCAGAAGAAGCGGAGGUCCCCACCAGCUAUCGUCUGAACAUUGGCAUCCAUUGGGUGUUCCUAGCUGUGCAGAUUAUAGUGUACCCGAUCCUAGCGUUUCUCGUCGAACACAUACAGUUCUCCACGGCAUCACCAUACAGGACCUUCGUACCCCCAUCGCACGAGCAGGCUCCGACCGUUACGUUGACGUCGUUUUCCAAGACAUACAAAGCGGGUUUCUUUUCGCGCAUCUUCAAGCGCGGGAAAGAUGUACGCGCUGUCGUCGACAUGAGCCUUAGCGCGUAUCGAGGGCAGUUACUUUGCUUGCUUGGGCCAAACGGCAGCGGCAAAAGUACUACUAUGAACUGCAUUGCGGGACAACACAAAGUAACGUCUGGGAGUGUCGCAAUCGAUCCGAGCGGAGGCUUAGGCUACGCACCUCAGAACAACGUCAUCUGGCCGGAUCUGACAGUCGAAGAGCAUAUUCGCAUCUUUAGUGAUCUCAAAUGCAUCUCCAAUGUCAACGAAGAGAUUGUCUCGGAACUCGUCCGUAUGUGCGACCUGCAGAAGAAGCUGCCGUCAAAAGCGAAGACACUGUCUGGUGGUCAGAAGCGAAAGCUCCAGCUAGCUAUGAUGUUUGCUGGAGGGUCUGCUGUCUGUUGCGUCGACGAGGUGUCCACAGGUCUCGAUCCCAUCUCGCGUCGGAGAAUCUGGGAAAUCCUUUUAGCGGAGCGCCACAGACGGACAAUCAUUAUGACUACUCAUUUUCUGGACGAAGCCGACUAUCUCAGCGACAAUAUUGUAAUCAUGUACAAGGGCACUUUGAAGGCCGAGGGUACGGCUGCGGCGUUGAAGAACCAGUACGGACGCGGAUUUACGAUCAAGUUGCCAGAGAAUAUCGACGUCAACAUACCUUUGUCAGGUACGAUCGAGAAAGAAACAUCUAGACAUCAGGUGGUGUUCAGAGUGGCGACGGCUGCAUUGGUGACCGAGCUUGUCGAGCAUCUCGAAGCGAAGGGUAUUCGCGACUAUCAAAUCUCUGGGCCCACAAUGGAAGAACUGUUCCUGAAGGCGACUGGCGACACCAUCAUGUCGACUGAAAGCAGUCCCAAAAAGGAAAAACAGGCAGUCACUGCAGAUAAAGCAGACAAGGUAGACGAGGAAGACGAAGUGGGGCUUGUAAAAGCUGCUACCGGACAUUACGAGCUCAAGGAUGGUCGACCUAUCUCCGUCAUCAAGCAAUGGUACCUGCUCGUUGGAAAAAGGUUCCGCAUUCUUCGGCGCCGCUACGUUCCCUAUUUCGUGGCUGUCGCGUUCGCCAUCGUUGGCGCCGGCGUUGCCCCUCUUCUUAUCAAGAGUUUCAAGGUACCCAUGAAAUGCCCGACACCAGCAGACCUCGUCAGCGACUACAGGGGUUCUUAUCGAAACGAUCUUGUCACCUCGUAUUCCCCUCGCAUUAUGUUCGGUCCUCCAGACAAGCUGAACGAGACGCGCUUGGCUCAAGUAGCGGAUGUGUACUCUCACAACACGACGGGAACGAAAGACUGCGAUUCUACCGGGACACGUUAUUGUCCUGAUUACGGAUUCCACAACACGACUCAGCUUAAGGAUUCGUUGGUGAUGGUCAACUCGUACGAUGAGUUUCUCAAGAAGAUACAGGCCUACCAGGACUACAACUCAGCAUCUUACACGAGUUAUUCUUAUGAUUAUUCUUCAUAUACCGAUAUUAAGAUCGAUGGCGGAAUAUGGAUGGGCAAUGACGGAGCCAUCGUCGCCGCCAACGUGCAGGCAUCUGAUGACGUCUUAAUCAUGCUGAACUUUCUCGACAACAUCGUUACCGGAGUGCCUAUCUCGGCAGGCUACUCGCCGUUUCCGACGGAACAGCCACCAGAGAUAUACGACUACCGACCACUGAUUUUCAUCGUGUAUUAUGGUUUGAUCAUGGCUGCUUACCCGGCGUUCUUCGCGCUUUAUCCUACCAACGAGCGCAUCUCUAAUGUGAGGUCGAUGCAGUACUCGAAUGGGAUUCGGCCGCUUCCACUUUGGCUGUCGCAUCUCGCGUUUGAUGGCAUCUUCGUUGUUGUGAUUAGCUCGGUGGCUACUGGCUUGCUCUCGGCCUCUACCCCGGUUUGGUUUGGCCUUGGGUAUAUCUGGCUCAUUUUAGUUCUGUAUGGCCUGUCUGCGACGCUACUUUCCUAUGUUAUCUCCAUGUUCGCCAAGUCUGCGGUGACAGCCUGGUUUAUGAUUGCGCUUGGACAAGUGAUCUUCUACUUCGCCUACCUCGGCGGCUUGAUCGGUGUCCAAUCUUCAUUCCCCUACGCGAAGAUGGAAGGAGUCUUCAACAGCCUCUUCUUCGGCCUCGGUAUAAUUUCUCCAGCCGUGUGUCUCGAAAGAGCGCUCAUGAUCGGAAUGACUCAAUUUGCCGCGCUCUGCAACGGGCACAGCGCCGGCUCGAUCUACCUCUACGGCGGACCCAUCCUCUACCUCGUCCUUCAAGGAGCCAUCCUAUUCACCAUCCUACUCUGGUGGGACAGCUCCUUCAAGCUCCCUUCCUUCGGCAGACGCCGCGCCGCCCACGACCCCGAAGCAACAGAGAUGUACUCCAAAGACCUAAUGACCGAACGCAAGCGCCUCAACGCCUCCAACUGCGAUCUCCGCAUAGAAUCCGUCUCCAGAACUUUCGGCAAGAACAACGCCGUAGACAACGUCACGUUUGGCGUCCAAUCCUCUGAAAUGUUCGCGCUGCUCGGUCCCAACGGCGCAGGAAAGAGCACCAUCAUAUCAAUGAUCCGCGGCGACCUCAGGCCCUCGACUUCCGAUUCUGCCAUCACCAUCGCAGGCCACUCCAUCCUCUCUGCCCCCGUCGCCGCACGUGCAAACUUAGGUGUAUGCCCGCAAUUCGACUCCGCCGAUGUGCUCACCGUCACCGAAACCCUCCGCUUCUUCGCGCGCAUCCGCGGCGUCUCCGACAUAGCGCACAACGUCGCGACCGUGAUUUCCGCCUGCGGCCUCUCCGCCUGGGCCGACCAACUAGCACAGAAACUCUCGGGCGGCACAAAGCGCAAGCUAAGUCUUGCCGUCGCGCUGGUAGGCAACCCCCGCGUACUCGUUCUCGACGAGCCAUCUUCCGCGCUCGACGCGAAUGCUAAGCGCAACAUGUGGCGCUGUCUCCAAAGCACCGGGAAGGGCCGCGCGGUGGUGCUAACGACGCAUUCGAUGGAGGAGGCGGAUGCGCUGGCGGACAGGAUUGGGAUUGUGUCGUCGAGAAUGCUGGCGCUGGGGGAGCGGGAAGACCUCAAGCGAAGGGCAGGAGACUCCUUCCACAUCCAUCUCGUCGCGCGGUCUGCGCCGCGGACUACAGAUGAGGAAUUGCAGCGGAUGAAGGACUGGAUUGCGGGGACAUUUGCAAACGCGAAGGUUAGUCGGGAGACGCAGGGUGGGCAGGUUCGCUUCGAGGUUCCUGCGGAGGGGAGAUCGUUGGGGGGUUUGAUCCAGAUGCUUGAGAGGGUGAAGGACGAGCUGGGCGUGGAGUUUUACAGCGUGGGGAAGGCGACGCUGGAUGAGGUGUUUGAGAAUAUUGUGAAGAGGUAUGGGGAGUAUACUGAGAAGUGA